UUUUGGCGGGAACGCGAGGAGUGAAGUUGUGUGAUUUGUUUUAUUAUGUUAGUUUAGUGUUUCUUCGGGUUUAAAUGUGUAAUAACGGUGGUUUAUUAACUGUUUUAUAUCUGUGAAAGUGCACAAAUGUGGGAAAAUGAAACAAAGCCGCUGGAUGUAACUUCUCGGGAUACUCCCAAAAAGUCCACUGAAAAAAUCUCAGUAAAUGACCACCAUUUUACUGAGAUUAUUUUUCAUUCCAUAUCAUCUCAUCGCAUCUCAUUUAAUUUCAUCCCAGUUGAUAAAUGUCACAAAUUAAUUGUCUUCGUUUCAUUUCAUUUCACUCAAUAUUAUCAUUUUUCAUAAAAAUAAGAACAUAAAUUAAAAUAAGACAUGACUUAAAGGUCUUAGAUAUCAGGUUAAAAAAUCUCUAUAAAAAAAUCUAUCUAACUAUCUAUGACAAGAAAACACAAAUGUCAAUUUCAGCUGUGCUGCGAAAUAGCCGGACGAGAGCUUUGUGUGUGCUUGUAGUCUUAAGAAAAUCUGUUAGGUCAUUUUACACGUACAAAAUGGCAGAAAAACCAGCGGACUAUUUAUCGACAAAUGGUUUCGAAAGUAAAACACCGUUCUUGAUCGGUGUAGCUGGCGGCACAGCCAGUGGCAAGUCCACUGUAUGCCAACGCAUCAUGGAGAAGCUUGGUCAGCAGCACAAAGAGCACACUGAAAGGCGAGUCGUCUGCAUCAGCCAAGAUUCCUUCUACAGAAGUCUGACAGCACCAGAACGUCUCCGAGCUGAACGUGGACAAUUCAACUUUGAUCAUCCUGAUGCAUUUGAUGACAAGAAACUGCUAGCAACAUUAAAGGACAUAUUGGCAGGAAAGAAAGUUGAAAUUCCUGAAUAUGAUUACAUCUCAAAUUCAAUAAGCAAUCGCACAAACACACUGUACCCAGCUGACGUUGUGCUGAUCGAAGGUAUCCUGGUCUUCUACUUUCCCGAAGUGAGGGAUCUCUUUCACAUGAAACUGUUUGUUGAUACUGAUUCAGAUACCAGACUUGCGAGACGAGUUCCGAGGGAUAUAAUGGAACGUGGCCGAGACUUGGAGCAGGUGCUCAACCAGUAUAUGAACUUUGUGAAGCCAGCAUUUGAAGAGUUCUGUCUUCCGACAAAAAAAUUCGCUGACGUCAUUAUCCCGCGAGGAGCAGAUAAUUUAGUGGCUAUUGAUCUAAUCGUUCACCACAUUUGGGAUAUAAUUUACAAGAAGCACCCGCCGAGAGCUACUAAUGGCGCGACUUGUAACGGACACCACGAUGUGGAUGAGGCGAACGGGAGGAGGCUGUCUGGAAGCUCGGAGGACACUCUAAGUCGAUAGUUCGGUCUGGACGCGUUGGCUUUUGUGACAGCAUACGUACGUUUGCCGUGAGCUUUGAAUUACGAGAUUUUUCUGGAACAGUAUAGAAGGUUCAACGAAAAAAAAAUCCCAUGUCACCUCUCCGACUUCGGAAGUCGCUUCACACAAAACCUUAUAGCUUCAUUGACGUGUCCUCGACAAAUAAAACGAAUGAUUUCCUAAGUCAUAAUUCUGCCUGAAUAUGUUUUAUAAUUACAAUAGGUAAUUGGAAAGGUUUUAUUUUUGAAACUAAUUUUACGGUUUAAAGCCCCGUUUUUUUUUUUGUUGUCGUAAACAUUUUUCGGAAACUUCACAAUUUUUUUUUGUCACGGACAAUAACUGUGAAUUGUUCGUGAAUUGAAAUUGACAUCGACAUUGACUUUUUUUUAUUGCAUAAAUGGCUGGACGAAAUCACAGCCUGCCUGGUCUUAAGUGGUUACUGGAGCCCAUAGACAGCUACAACGUAAGUGCGCCACCCACCUUGAGAUAUAAGUUCUAAGGUCAAAGUAUAGUUACAACGGCUUCCCCGCCCUUCAAACCAAAACACAUUACUGCUUCACGGCAGAAAUAGACAAGGCGGUGGUACAUACCCGCGCGGUCUCACAAGAGAUCCUACCACCAGUAAAUAAGACUUGAACGAAAUCUCUUAAUAAAAAGCCACAGAUAUUUGCGUAAUUAUUAGCGGUUGAGCCUAUUUCUUGCAUUAAGUUUCAUGCGCGCCGAUUAGAGAGGCACAAUGUCCUUUAAAUUCUAAUUUGGCAGAAUUAAGAGUCAUCGAGUAUUUUUUAUAAACUACUAGCAGACCAGGCCACACGUUGCUGUGGCUAAGGUUCAUAUAAGGUCGGAUAUGCUAAUACCAAAAAUUAACAAAGAACAAUUGGAUUUCACUGUAUUGCGUUUACUACGAAAUAAAUUUCACUUAUACUUUAGCCUCCGCAACACGUGGUGUUUAUGCCAUUAAAUUGUAGCUUAUGGGAAACGUUCGUAUUUUUAACACAGCGCCAUCUAUGAUAUUAAUGUCAGACAGUAUUACAAAUGUCUGUAAAAAUUGAUUAAAGGCGCCAUCUGUUUUAGACUUAUGAAACUUACAAUUAAUAACAAUAAUCAACAUAAGAAAUCAUUUUAUUGUUUAUUAAUAAAUAUUGCGACCAUUAAUCGAAAUAAAAACCAUCCUAUGGCCUAAGUUGGAACAAAACACAUAUUUAAAAAAAAAAGUUAAAGUCGGUUCAGUAGUUUAGGUGUCCAUCGCGGACAAACAACGUGACACGUAAUUUAUAUAUAUUAAUAUUUGGUUGGUAUUUCAAUGCUCACGGCAAUAGUAUCAAUACUGUUAAGGGCUACUUUCGUGGCACCGCAGUUGUGUGGACCGACCCUAAGGCAUAUUAAAGCUUAAUAUAUGUUCGUCACAAAAGCAUUUGACCAUAGGAUAUUUGACGCUAUCGAUUCUCCCCUUUGUAAUUGCAUUAAAACUACUAUUUUUGAUGAACCGAAUUAUUGACAAAAGUAUAUUCUGCACCUCCAUAAAAGGUUAUAUAAUAUAAUCAAUUUGGUCACAUUCCCUAGGUUUGGUUCGUGUCUUAUGACGUCACAGUUUAAUAAACAUCCCAUGAUUGCUCUUGAAGUUUGUCCAUAAGUGCACCGCGGCGAACAAUUUCUUCAUAAAAGUAAUGUGACACAAAUGAAAUGCGUUUUGGUGGAAUAUUACUUUUAAAUUUAAUUUUAUUUUGUCAUUAUAAUAACUGAAUGUUUAAAGAUGUUAUGAAAAGACACUGAGCUAAUACCUAAGGAAUGAGUAUGCAUUUUUAUAUAAUGUAUUCGUUAAUUCAGUCAAAUAUCCUAUUCUUAAUGAAGGCAUGUAAAACUUACAUUUAAGUACUUAUUAUAUUAACAUUUUAUAUUAUAUGUAAAACAAAUCCUGUACACUUUGUGUAUACGAAAAUGUACCGAUAUAGCUGACGAUAGGGUCGAUUAUUCUUUAUUCGCAUAUUUCAUUGGAAAUAUUUCGAUGGUUUCAAUGAACACUACGCUAACUCCAAAUUCGUAGGUUUACAGGAGGAGCGUUUAAAUGAAAAAAAGUUGAUAGAAUCUUUAUUAUUGCAAAUAUAUUUAUGGUUUUGUUUGUGUAACUAGCUGAUUUACUCUUGCUUCUAACCCCAUCAAUAAUGAUUUGUAAUACUUUUAAAAUAGUGAAGCGAUUUGCGUGAAAAACGAAAAUUUCAAAAUUUUGAGUUAGAGUAGUGUUCAUUGGAGGCAUCGAUUUGUUUUAUCGUAUAUUUUUUAUUUAUUUCAAUUUCAUUUAUAAAUUGGACCAGCGAUUGUAUUCAAUUGUUGAAGUGGCCAUCGAUCGACUCUAGUUGUCCUCAUUUGUAACCAUCCAAAUUAAAACAUGAAAUGUUAUGUAAAAUAAUAAUUGAAUAAUUCGUAUAUGCGAAGUGAUAAUUCCUCAAAUAAUCCAUUUAGGAUAUAGUAAGUUCCAAUGUUUAUUAUAAGGCUGAUGCUUCUUAAAGCAAGUAAUAAUUUAAGUAUUAAAGAAAAUCCAUAUACAUACUUAUUAAUAUAUAUAUUUACUGAAUAAUUUUCAAGAAGUGAAAAUAGACUCGGAUAGCUGUAAUGUACGAGCGAAAUUGAAUCGUUACGAAAAUAGAUUUUACACAAAAUCUAAAUAUAUAAAAAAAAACAUUUUAAAACAGCAUCUCGUAAUAAAUGUAUUGAACAAUAAAUAAUAGUGAUGACGUCACGUCCAUUUGUGCGAGAGAGAGAGAGAGAGAGAGAGAUGGUAAUAUAUUCGCUCUACCUGUCUCACGCUGAUGGUUCUGCGACAGAAACCUGAAGUGCCAAUAAGUAUACCAAGUUUCUAAAUAAAUCAGACUAAUAUUUUAUGGACGUAUAAUGCACAAACGCAUUCGUUUUUAUUUAUAUAGAUGUACCAUCGCAAACAAAAACAUUUGAAUCCUCACUAUUAUGGUACAUGGAAUUUCCGCUACAUUAGUGGGCCGAUUUAUACCUUAUUUUUCACUUUGUAUCCGUUCUAUAUCGACGCUUGAAAGGCAAACGUGACUAAGAGACAAUGCGUGAACUUUACAGUAGACUAAUUUAAAGUUGAAAUACCUGAAAACAAAAUUUAUUUUAACGAAUCUAGCUGUAGUAGAAUCUAGCUAGUAGCUGUAGGAUUGAAAUGAUUUUAAUAAACCUAGAAAUAUAUUUUUAUUGCGCCUCGAAUAUGGUUAUUGCCUAUCAUUUAUGUACAAAGCAGUUAUUGUCGCUUAGUCACGUUUGCCUUUCAAGCGUCGAUAUGUUUUAAAGCCACAUACAUACUUAUGACACAACAAAUCCCUAAGGUUCGAAGUGCGAUAAUGUCCAACCGCUCAAUUUACUCCGAGUACUUUAUAUACUGGGUUUUAGGAGACCGCUUCCGGAAACGAAGACAGACGAUAGUACUAAGGACACCUUUGAUGAUGGGACGAAAAAAAAUGGAUCCUGAUUUUUAAAAAAGUCAUAUUUUUAAAACGUUUUAUUAGCAUUAUUUACGGUCCAUAAUGUUAGUACAGCAAAAUCAAACGAUAGUUUCAUAAAAAAUAUAUUACUAAAAAAACCAGCAAUGAAACACAAAUACAAAACCAGCUGAUGCUCGGGUCAAUGAACACACGGGCACGGCGGGGCGCAGAUUCGCACAAAUAUUUAUUUACAACAUUUGUCUAAAUAACUCCAUCAUCAAAAGUGUCAUUAGUACUAUCGUCUGUCUUCGUUCUCGGAAGCGAUCUCCUAACACCCAGUAUAUCUAUUGUAGAACAUGGUCGAUAUAUUACGAAAUAAAAAAAAAACUUUUUUACUGUUAAUUAAUUGUAACCAUGUAUAAUAAAAUUAUCGUAACAAUCCAAUGAAAUUCUUGAUAGAAAUGUGAAAUUUAAAUGAAGUUUAUACACGAAUGGAAAAACAAGCAUAUUUUUUAUAUUAAAAUACGUUUUUUUCUUUAUGGAUGCAUGUCUCAUGCUCCACGUAUUAAAAAAAAAAGAAUAUUUUAUCUGUAUUCUGUGAGUUUAUGCAUGGAGGGUAGAGGUAAGGAGAACCGUCUCUGUGUGUGAAAAUCUGCUAAAUAAGGGUGGCGCUACAGUAGCAAACGGGUAAAUUUAAAAAAAAGCACUGAAAGCUAUUAGAAUAAAAUAGAGAAAUAAAAAAGAACGAACUGUAAGCACUAUAAAAUCACAAAAAGUAUAUUAUUUAAAGCUGAAAAGAAAAUGCAAUCGAUGUCUCCACGUGUUACCACAGCAAUAAUUUUAGGUUAUAUUGACGAAAUUAGUUUGGACUACGUAAACAUGUGAGAUCUUGUAUAUUACACUGUCACUAACUACUCUACUCAUUAAAUAUAUUAAAUUUCCUAACUCGACAUACUUCAAUCCGUUAACAACUGCUCAAUUCAUAUCAUACCCUGUGCCUAUGCUAGCGUCAUUCUGGAGGCUUUUUGAACUGUUAUUUAGUGCUGAAAGUGGGACACUUUUUCAAGCUUCUCCCAUAUGAGACAGUUCUCCUUACCUCUACCCUCCAUAGUUUGUCACUUGUCUAAUGUGUAGAGAUACUCUUUGGAGAUGUAAUUUUUUCUUUCGUUCGAGAAAUGCACAAUUUGGUAAUCCUACAGUGCGAACAGUAUCUAAUUGUUUUAAUAGUGUCAAUUUCAGUAGCUAUUUCAUUAUUGCGUUUUAUUUAUCAUCGUGUUAUGACGUCAAUUUAGUUUUUUUUUCCUACCUAAGCUGAGAGCCUUGAGAGGCUAUAUCAGCGUAACCUUAACUAGUUGGUGAGCUCACGGGGCUCAAACCUGACGUCGUUGCUAACACGAACCCUAGCAAGAGCCGUGCUUCGCAGAAUCUACCACCGGAUCGGAAACGCGACCCACUGAGAAGAUCCGGCGAGAAACUCAGUGGGCUGUGUCUGAGGGUUAAUUUACUCGUCGAGCCCUUCGUCGCAAGCGACGGGUUCGACGAGAACGAUGACCGAUGCUUGAGGUACCUAAAAGCACCGUUAGUGGAUCGGGAGGAUCCGACAAGAAAUCUUUCAGGCGACGGCGGCUUUGUGUUGUCCCGUCGCGGCCGGAUAAGUUCAAAAUACACUUAAGCCCCAAUCGUAUAAGUUACGUAAGUCAUCGUAAAAAGAAAACAGUAUAUGUAUAUAUAAAAAAAAAAUACAAUGCCAUCAAUAAACUAUUAAUUAAAAGAAGCACAAACAUGUAUCAAUAAAAGUCCUAAAAAUGACAAAAGAGAUUUUUUUAAAUCUUAUAUACCCAUCCCUGAGCCUCUGUUCUGAAUAUUUAAUUUUCGCAUUUUAUAAGCAUUUAUAUUAUUUUAUAGUUUAAUUUCUAUGACAUACUUUUUAUAACAUACACUUAUCUAACAAAUAUUUGAUGUACUUACUCGACCUUAUGUACCAAAAGCAUCAAAUUCGAUAUUUGUUUCGGAUUUCAACUAUUGCAUACUACUAUUACUACUACUACUGUUAGUAGUAGUAAACUGGCAUAGCGUAAUUUUUAUGUAUUUUACUAUGAUUUAAUUAAUAUUUCAUAAAAGGCAGGCUGGUAUACUAUGCCUGCAUAUUAAACUUUGUAUUACCUACUUAAAUGUGCGUGUUUGUAUUUUACAGCGAAUAAAAUAUUUGAAAAUCAA